AGCCCGCCCGCCCGGCCCCGGCUCGCCCGCCCGCCAGCUCGCGCGGGGUCUCUCUCCGCCCGCGCCCCGGGGCUCUCGUCAGGCGCUCCCCGCGCCGUGGAUGUGGCUGGCCGCCGCCGCCCCCUCCUUCGCUCGCUGCCUGCGCGCCCUCGGCCCUCCGCCGCCGCCUCCCCGCCGCCUGCCCCUCCUCAGCCGCUCCCCGCAGAGCCGCCGCCGCCGCCUCCUCCACAGCCCCGGCCGCGCCGCGAUGCCGGAGAAGAGGCCCUUCGAGCGGCUGCCCGCCGACGUGUGCCCCGUCAACUACAGCCUCUGCCUCAAGCCCGACCUGCUGGACUUCACCUUCGAGGGCAAGCUGGAGGCCGCCGCCCAGGUGAGGCAGGCAACCAAUCAGAUCGUGAUGAACUGUGCUGACAUCGACAUUAUUACAGCUUCCUAUGCACCAGAAGGAGAUGAAGAAAUACAAGCCACAGGGUUUAACUAUCAGAAUGAAGAUGAAAAGGUCACCUUGUCUUUCCCUAGUACUCUCCAGACAGGUACAGGAACGUUAAAGAUAGAUUUUGUUGGAGAGCUGAAUGACAAAAUGAAAGGUUUCUAUAGAAGUAAAUACACCACCCCUUCUGGAGAGGUGCGUUACGCUGCUGUGACACAGUUUGAGGCUACUGAUGCCCGGAGAGCAUUUCCCUGCUGGGAUGAGCCAGCCAUCAAAGCAACGUUCGAUAUCUCCUUGGUUGUUCCUAAAGACAGAGUCGCUUUGUCGAACAUGAAUGUAAUUGACCGGAAACCAUACCCAGAUGAUGAAAAUUUAGUGGAAGUGAAGUUCGCUCGAACACCUGUUAUGUCUACAUAUUUGGUGGCAUUUGUUGUGGGUGAAUAUGACUUUGUAGAAACAAGGUCAAAAGAUGGUGUGUGUGUCCGUGUUUACACCCCUGUUGGCAAAGCAGAGCAAGGAAAAUUUGCGUUAGAGGUUGCUGCUAAAACCUUGCCUUUUUAUAAGGACUACUUCAGUGUCCCUUACCCUCUGCCCAAGAUCGAUCUCAUUGCUAUUGCAGAUUUUGCAGCUGGUGCCAUGGAGAACUGGGGCCUGGUGACGUACAGGGAGACUGCAUUGCUUAUUGAUCCAAAAAAUUCCUGUUCUUCAUCGCGCCAGUGGGUUGCUCUGGUUGUGGGACAUGAACUCGCCCAUCAGUGGUUUGGAAAUCUUGUUACUAUGGAAUGGUGGACUCACCUUUGGUUGAAUGAAGGCUUUGCCUCCUGGAUUGAGUAUCUGUGUGUAGACCACUGCUUUCCGGAGUAUGAUAUCUGGACUCAGUUUGUGUCCGCCGACUAUACCCGGGCCCAGGAGCUAGAUGCCCUGGAUAACAGCCACCCUAUCGAGGUCAGUGUGGGCCACCCUUCGGAGGUUGAUGAGAUAUUUGACGCCAUCUCCUACAGCAAAGGUGCCUCUGUCAUCCGAAUGCUGCAUGACUACAUCGGGGAUAAGGACUUUAAGAAAGGAAUGAAUAUGUAUCUAACCAAGUUCCAGCAAAAGAAUGCUGCCACAGAGGAUCUUUGGGAAAGUUUAGAGAAUGCAAGUGGUAAACCUAUAGCAGCUGUGAUGAGUACCUGGACCAAACAGAUGGGAUUCCCUCUCAUUUAUGUGGAAGCGGAGCAGGUGGAAGAUGACCGAUUACUGAGGUUGUCCCAGAGGAAGUUCUGUGCCAGUGGACCCUACGUUGGAGAAGACUGCCCUCAGUGGAUGGUUCCUAUCACAAUCUCUACUAGCGAAGAUCCCAGCCAGGCCAAACUAAAAAUCCUGAUGGAUAAACCAGAGAUGAGUGUGCUUUUGAAAAAUGUCAAACCAGACCAGUGGGUGAAGUUAAACCUGGGGACAGUCGGGUUCUAUCGGACCCAGUACAGCUCCGCCAUGCUGGAAAGUUUGUUACCAGGCAUUCGGGACCUCUCUCUGCCCCCUGUGGACCGACUCGGGUUACAGAACGACCUCUUCUCCCUGGCUCGAGCUGGAAUCAUUAGCACUGUAGAGGUUCUAAAAGUCAUGGAGGCUUUUGUGAAUGAGCCCAAUUAUACUGUGUGGAGCGACCUGAGCUGUAACCUGGGGAUUCUCUCAACUCUCUUGUCCCACACAGACUUCUAUGAGGAAAUCCAGGAGUUUGUGAAAGAUGUCUUUUCACCUAUAGGGGAGAGACUGGGCUGGGACCCCAAGCCUGGAGAAGGACAUCUAGACGCCCUCCUGAGGGGCUUGGUUCUCGGGAAGCUGGGAAAAGCAGGGCACAAGGCAACGCUGGAAGAAGCCCGGCGGCGGUUUAAGGACCAUGUGGAAGGAAAGCAGGUGCUCUCCGCUGACCUGCGGAGCCCGGUUUACCUGACUGUUCUGAAGCACGGCGAUGGAGCUACCUUAGACAUUAUGCUAAAGCUUCACAAACAAGCAGAUAUGCAAGAAGAGAAAAACCGAAUUGAACGAGUCCUCGGGGCUACUCUUUUGCCUGAACUGAUCCAAAAAGUCCUCACAUUUGCACUUUCAGAAGAGGUACGUCCCCAGGACACUGUAUCGGUCAUCGGUGGGGUCGCUGGAGGCAGCAAGCAUGGGAGGAAAGCUGCUUGGAAGUUCAUAAAGGACAACUGGGAAGAACUUUAUAAUCGAUAUCAAGGAGGAUUCUUAAUAUCCAGACUAAUAAAGCUCUCAGUUGAAGGAUUUGCAGUGGAUAAAAUGGCUGGAGAGGUUAAGGCUUUCUUCGAGAGUCACCCAGCCCCGUCGGCAGAGCGCACCAUCCAGCAGUGUUGUGAAAAUAUCCUGCUCAAUGCUGCAUGGCUGAAGCGGGACGCCGAGAGCCUGCACCGGUACCUGCUGCAGCGGAGGGCCGCGCCUGUGCCCACAGUGUGACCCAGAGCCCAGGCCACCGCAGAGCUGCCGCCCACCCGCCUCCCUAGGGCGCCUCGGGCCGGAUGAUGAAUGUAGUCACCUGGGUCCUGCUCACACUCCCCAGUUCAGUUUUAUUGAAAAAGGCCAAUCAGCAAUGGAGCAAAAAAUGAAAUAAAAUAUCAAUUACAUGUAAAUAUGAUAGUAAUAAAAUAGAGCAUAAUGAAACUGUGAAACUUCUUCCUGAAGCCUUGUCAGUGGUAAAGUAUUUAACACCCUCCUGCCCCGGCAGCGGGGGCCAGGUGGGCAGCAGCGCGGGUGCAUGCCCGCAUCCCCAGCCCCGAAUCCUGGUCCCCAGCCCCGCAUCUCCGCAUCCACCGACCUGCAUCCUGGGUCUCGGUCCUGCGGCUUGGUCCUUCCUGGUCCUUCCUGGCCUAGAGGCUGACCUGAGAGACUCCUGUCCCACACAGCUCCAUCUGAACUGAGGAGGGAGUUUCCUCCCUGCCUCCCUUCUCUGUGACUACUUGGUCAAAAAAGAAAACUGUGUUAAAGACCCUAGCCCCGCCCUGCACUGGGCUAUGCUCCGAGUCCUCCCCAGGGUCCUCCCCACCGCCCACCUACAUCCCCCUGACACAGCGGGGUGCUGAGAAGCACCCAGCCUGAGCUUGGGACUGCGCUCUGUAGCGGUGACGUUAGGAACCCUGACAGGCGAGUAGGAGACACAGUAGACACGGAACUUGGGUCAGUCAGCCGCCUGCCCGCUGGGCCACCUCAAUGCCCCUGCGCCCCAGGCCAUGCCUGCACCAGGCCCCAGCCAUGUGGGUACUGCCUCGGCCCGGGUGACCCAGCUCCUUCCUUCUCCCUUUUCCAUGUUUUUCUUAAAAAUAAAAACCAUCUUUUUGUGUUAUUAACAAAUUCAUAUUUGGUGUGGCUUAACUAUUUCGGGAGGUCAUUGGAUUGUGAGACUGCUUCCUUGAGACAUUUUUUGUGCUAUUGUUUUAAAAAUAAUAAUUAAACAGUUGGCAUUAAUAAAAAUGUCAGUGUGAAACUG